AUGUCGGCCAUACGUCGAGCCGUGUCCUCCAUCUACCGCGACCACCCAUCGCUCUACAAGAUCAUUGGCCUGACAACGCGGUCUCCUAUCCACGACGGUCCGCAGGUCAAGGCGCCGCGCAGCGAGGACGACGCGCGGACGUCCGCGCGGCACGUGUACCACGACCUGGGCGCUCUAGUCUUUCUCAAGAGGCUCGAACAGAGCCAAGUCCAGCGGAUGGGCGACAUACUGGCGGAGGUUGUGCGCUUGGGUGGUCCGGCUGCCAUAGCGGACGGGAAGAAAGUGAAGGGGUGUCCCGGUACGCAGACACAUGAGGAUGCCAUGGAGACGGUGUUGAAGCCGUUGUGGACAUUGGAGGCGGACGUGUUGGGCGGCAACAUACACGGUGUGGGAACGGGGGCGGAGGAUGAAGAAAAAGUCUAG